CGAGCCUCUAACCAAUCCAACAGAGUAGAAAAGAGAAGAUUAGUAGAGAAAUAUGGAUACCUCUGCGUGGCUUAACUUGCAACCGGAUCUUACAAAGCUAGAAGAUGACGCUGGCCUCGCGCUCAAUCUCACCGAUAGACUAGGAAUUCAGCAGCAGCAACAGCAGCAGCAGCAGCAGCAGCAGCAGCAAAUCCAAGCCCAGCAGCAGCAAAAUCACGCUGCUGUCGGAGGCAAACGCAAGCGAGGCUCCACUGCAAAGGAAAGAAUCAGUAAAAUGCCCCCAUGCACUGCGGGGAAACGAAGCUCGAUCUACCGUGGCGUCACAAGGCAUAGAUGGACUGGUCGCUAUGAAGCUCAUCUGUGGGACAAGGGAACUUGGAAUCACACACAAAACAAAAAGGGAAAGCAAGUUUAUCUCGGAGCUUAUGACGACGAAGAAGCAGCAGCGAGAGCUUACGAUCUGGCAGCUCUCAAAUACUGGGGACCUGGAACGCUCAUCAACUUCCCUGUGACAGACUAUACCAGAGAUAUCGAAGAGAUGCAAAACGUUUCCAGAGAGGAGUACCUGGCCUCUCUUCGAAGGAAAAGCAGUGGAUUCUCGCGAGGAGUGUCAAAGUACCGCGGAGUUGCGAGGCACCACCACAACGGGCGAUGGGAGGCUCGGAUCGGCCGCGUGUUUGGCAACAAGUAUCUCUACCUGGGAACAUACAGCACGCAGGAAGAAGCUGCCACGGCCUACGACAUGGCCGCGAUCGAGUAUAGAGGCCUCAAUGCCGUCACGAACUUCGAUCUCAGCCGAUACAUCCGCUGGCUGAGGCCCGGAGCACAGCAGCAGCAAGCAGCCGGAGGAGCCACCGCCAAUCUCCACGAAAACCACGACUUUGGCUCCAAGGAAAACGAUGCCAGUGGAGCCGAGUUUGCGGACGAGAUCCUGCAAGUCGAUCGAAGCGGCAAGGAUUCGUCAGUGCUGGAAAACAAUGGCGGAAGCACUAGAGUGUGGCCUACUUCGCAGGCGAGCGAGCCUUACCAGCUUCCUACUCUGGGUCUCUCGAGAGCGGCGGUGGCGCAGCACAACGCUAGCAAGGCUCAAAAGAAGAACGCUCCCACGGCGCUGGGACUCCUCCUCCAGUCGAAUAUGUUCAGGCAAAUGCUGGAGAAGACCUCCACAAACGGUGGAACCUCCGCGAACCCGGCGAGCUUGGACGAUCGAUCGACCUCUCCGGCUGGCGGUCAGGAGAGUGAGAUCGAUAUGGACGAAGGAAGCCAGUACCUGGUUGCGAGCGAGGAGGUGUUUAACAAUCACCACCAUCAAGAAGGUGGCGGUGCUUCCUCGUCUUCGUCUUACACUCCGUUCCAGCACGACUUUGGAUUGAGCGGUCCUCCGGCUGCGCAAGAGACCGCGACUCCUGGCGGCGGUGUGGAUCCAGAAGAUGGUGCCGGUGCCGGAUUGACGCUGUGGAGCUCGCUGGAAUCCAACUUCUCGUCGCUGCCAAUGACCAACGCGAUCAGUACUUGCUAGAACAAAAAGUGUGAAGAACACUUACAUACCUCCAAUAACUUAGGAGCGAAGAAGAUAGCAGCAACUUGACCAACACAGGCGUCCUCCCGUGUCCAUCGGGUGGAAACUCACACAGAAAAAAUUUCUUCUAACGAUUCUUUGGCCCGCAGAUUCUUGAUCCCGCGAGCUGUGUUCUUGUGUGACUAUAACUUUUACGUAGCCAAAAGUUUGGCUUGGCUUCUCACGAAAUACAAUGACUGAUUGAAGAUUUC